CCGCGAUGGAGCUCAACUUUAAAUAUGUCAGCAAAACAGCACCGAGGGGGAGUGAACUUGACGACUGCGGUCAUGUUUUAGAGAAACAUUCGAAUAUUUUCAUCUGGUUCUGCGUGCCACUUUCGCUUGGGCCGAGAGACGGUGUACUUACCAUUCGGCGUUCCAGUCCAUGUCCAACCCUUCAGACCUGUCAGUUGGUAUGUCCCAUCCUGGCCCUUCCCCGGGUGCGGGCCUUUCACCCGGUCCUAUCCUGGGACCCAGCCCCGGACCGGACCCUUCACCCGGCUCCGUUCACAGCAUGAUGGGACCCAGCCCCGGCCCUGGAACCCCCAACGGGUCCCAUGGCAUGCAGGCGCAGGCACAGGGUGACUUCUCGCAAGAUGUCAUGUAUUCCAUGCACAAGCCCAUGGAAGGAAUGAACGACAAAGCCAUGUCUGAUGCGAUCCACUUUGGUCACAUGAAAGGUGUGGGCAUGAGAACCCUCCACAGUGGCAUGGGCCCCCCACAGAGCCCCAUGGACCAGCAUAGCCAGGGCUAUAUGUCCCCCCAUCCUUCUCCAAUGGGCGUACAUGAGCAUGCAUCCAGCCCUAUGGCUGCGGGCAGCGGACCCACACCCCCUCAUGUUCCUCCCUCCCAGCCAGGCCCCAUGAUGGCCAUGGACCCGCAAGGAGGUGGCAACAGUGGCGGCGUACCCAACAUGUCCGCAAUGGGCCAGCAGGGCCGGGGGCCAACUGCGUUCAGUCAGGCACAGCUGCAACAGCUCAGGGCUCAGAUCCUGGCUUACAAGGUCCUUGGCCGUGGGCAGCCACUGCCCGAGAACCUCCAAAUGGCAGUGCAGGGCAAGAGGAGCCUACCCACAAUGCAGCAACACCAGCAGCAGUCACAGAGUGGUAGUCCUUACAACAGGCCUCAAGGCAUGCCAAUGGCACCUUUGGGUGGAGCGCAGUCCAGUCCUUGUCCCACUCCAUCCAUGCAAGGUCACAAUCAAGGCACUGGACCCAAACCUUGGUCUGAUGGCCAAGGCGGUGAUAAUCCAUCUGGUGCCCCCAAGCACCUCGCCCCUGUCAGUGGCGGCCGCCCAUCGCCCGCGCCCCCCCAGGCCACAGCUGUGCCAACUGGGCCAUUGCCAGGCAGCUCAGUCGCUCCUCAACCAAUGGGCCAGCAGGUGUCCCCCAUGCUGCAGAUGCAACAGAAGCAGAACCGUGUCACACCCAUUCAGAAGCCACAGGGCCUGGACCCAGUGGGCAUUCUGCAGGAGAGAGAAUAUAGGCUGCAGGCUCGGAUUGCGCAUCGCAUCCAAGAACUGGAGAGUCUGCCGGGCUCCCUGCCACCCGACCUGAGGACCAAGGCUACAGUUGAGCUCAAGGCACUCCGGCUCCUGAACUUUCAGCGACAGCUGAGGCAAGAUGUGGUGGCAUGUAUGCGGCGGGACACAACCCUCGAGACAGCCCUCAACUCCAAGGCGUACCGUCGCAGUAAGCGACAGACGCUGCGGGAGGCACGUAUGACAGAGAAGCUAGAGAAGCAGCAGAAGCUGGAGCAGGAGAAGAAGCGCCGGCAGAAGCACCAGGAGUACCUCAACAGUAUUCUCCAGCAUGCCAAAGACUUUAAGGAGUACCACCGAUCUAUGUCGGGGAAAAUGCAGAAGCUCACCCGAGCCAUUGCCACCUGGCACACCAACACAGAGCGGGAGCAGAAGAAAGAGACAGAGAGGAUAGAGAAGGAGAGAAUGAGAAGACUUAUGGCCGAGGAUGAGGAGGGCUAUCGAAAACUUAUCGACCAGAAGAAGGACAAGCGUCUAGCGUACCUUCUGCAGCAGACUGAUGAGUAUGUGGCCAACCUCACCACACUGGUGUAUGAGCACAAAGCUGCACAGGCGGCGAAGGAGAAGAAGCGGAGGAAGAAGAAGAAGAGGGUGGAGGGAGAAGGUGGUGAAGGUACCAGUGCCAUUGGACCUGAUGGAGAGCCGAUGGACGAAAGCAGCCAGAUGAGUGAACUACCCGUCAAGGUGAUCCAAACGGAGACUGGUAAAGUUUUGCAGGGCACAGAUGCACCUAAAUCCAGCCAGCUGGAGGCCUGGUUAGAGAUGAACCCUGGGUACGAAGUGGCGCCAAGGUCGGACAGUGAGGAGAGUAGUUCUGAGUUUGAGGAAGAGGAGGAAGAGGAAACAGGCAAGGGCGAAAAUGACAAGACGAUAGAAGAUCCCAUCGUAGAGGCCAAGCACAUUAUCGAGUCAGCUAAGCAGGACGUGGACGAUGAGUACAGUGUGCCAACGGAUGAGACCAGCCUACAGUCCUACUACGGCGUGGCGCAUGCUGUCAUUGAGAGGGUGGAGAAGCAGUCAUCUCUUCUGAUCAACGGCUCACUCAAACACUACCAGAUUCAGGGUCUGGAGUGGAUGGUGUCCCUGUACAACAACAACUUAAACGGCAUCUUGGCUGACGAGAUGGGCCUGGGCAAGACCAUCCAAACCAUCGCCCUCAUCACAUACUUGAUGGAGCACAAAAGGCUCAACGGCCCCUAUCUCAUCAUCGUGCCACUUUCGACUUUAUCCAACUGGAUAUACGAGCUUGACAAGUGGGCCCCAUCUGUGGUCAAAAUUGCUUACAAGGGUACCCCCGGCCUGCGCAGGGGACUGGUGCCGCAGCUCCGGAGUGGGAAAUUUAACGUUUUGUUGACCACCUACGAAUACAUCAUCAAGGACAAGCACAUACUGGCCAAGAUCCGUUGGAAGUAUAUGAUCGUGGACGAGGGCCACCGUAUGAAAAACCACCACUGCAAGCUGACACAGGUGUUAAACACGCACUACGUUGCGCCACGUCGCCUGCUGCUCACUGGCACACCACUGCAGAACAAGCUUCCUGAGCUAUGGGCGCUGCUCAACUUCCUGCUGCCCACAAUCUUCAAGAGCUGCAGCACCUUUGAGCAGUGGUUCAAUGCUCCAUUUGCCAUGACGGGCGAGAGGGUGGACCUCAAUGAAGAGGAGACAAUCCUGAUUAUUCGACGUCUGCACAAGGUACUCAGGCCCUUCCUACUGCGCCGGCUAAAGAAGGAGGUGGAGUCUCAGCUGCCAGAGAAGGUGGAGUAUGUUAUCAAAUGUGACAUGUCUGCCAUACAAAAAGUCUUAUACCGACACAUGCAGAAGGGAAUCCUCCUCACCGACGGCUCAGAGAAAGACAAGAAGGGCAAAGGUGGUGCGAAGACCCUGAUGAAUACCAUCAUGCAACUGAAGAAGAUCUGCAACCACCCAUACAUGUUCCAGCAUAUCGAGGAGUCGUUUGCUGAGCAUUUGGGCUACCCCAGUGGCAUCAUCAGCGGACCAGACCUGUAUCGAGCCUCCGGGAAGUUUGAGCUCCUGGACCGCAUUCUUCCCAAGCUGCAGGCCACCAACCACCGGGUGCUGCUCUUCUGCCAGAUGACCUCACUCAUGACCAUCAUGGAGGACUACUUUGGCUACCGCAACUUUCAAUAUUUGCGUCUGGAUGGAACCACUAAGUCGGACGAUCGAGCAUUGCUGUUGAAGAAGUUCAACGAGUCGGGAUCGCAGUACUUCAUCUUCCUCCUCAGCACCCGGGCCGGCGGCCUUGGACUUAACCUGCAGGCCGCUGACACAGUCAUCAUCUUUGACAGUGACUGGAACCCACAUCAGGACCUCCAGGCGCAGGACCGCGCGCACCGCAUCGGCCAGCAGAAUGAGGUGCGCGUGCUGCGCCUGUGCACAGUCAACAGCGUGGAGGAGAAGAUCCUGGCAGCUGCCAAGUACAAGCUCAAUGUGGACCAGAAAGUGAUCCAGGCCGGCAUGUUCGACCAGAAGUCGUCCAGCCAUGAGCGCCGCGUCUUCCUGCAGGCCAUCCUGGAGCAUGAGGAACAGAAUGAGGAAGAAAAUGAGGUACCAGACGAUGAAACCCUGAACCAGAUGAUUGCCCGCAAUGAAGAGGAGUUUGAGCUUUACAUGCGCUUUGACAUGGACCGGCGGCGGGAAGAUGCCCGGAACCCUAAACGUAAGCCACGCCUCAUGGAGGAGGACGAGCUGCCCUCGUGGAUCAUCAAGGAUGAUGCUGAGGUGGAGCGCCUCACAUAUGAGGAGGAGGAGGAAAAGAUGUUCGGGCGAGGUUCCCGCUGCCGCCGGGAUGUGGAUUACAGCGACGCACUAACUGAAAAACAGUGGCUACGGGCUAUCGAGGACGGCAACCUGGAGGAGAUGGAGGAGGAGAUCCGACUCAAGAAGCGCAAACGCAAGAGGCGUCAAGACAAAGAGCCAUUGAGCAGGGAGGAUUGGGGCGGUAAGGCCAAGAAGAGGCGAGGGCGCCCGCCCGCUGAGAAGCUUUCCCCCAACCACCCCAAACUCACAAAACAGAUGAACACCAUCAUCGACACCGUCAUUAACUACAGAGAUGGGGCUGGCAGACAGCUCAGCGAAGUCUUUAUCCAGCUGCCGUCCAGAAAGGAGCUUCCGGAGUAUUACGAGCUGAUCCGAAAGCCAGUGGAUUUCAAAAAGAUCAAGGAACGCGUCAGGAGCCAUAAAUACCGCAGUGUUGGAGACCUGGAGAAGGACGUCAUGUUGCUCUGUCACAACGCGCAGACCUUCAACCUGGAGGGAUCUCAAAUAUACGAGGACUCCAUUGUGCUCCAGUCAGUCUUCAAAAGCGCCAGGCAGAAGAUCGCCAAAGACGAGGAAAGCGAGGACGACAGUGAAGAUGAUGAAGAUGAGGAUGAUGAAGAAGAGUCAGAGGCUGAGGCCAAACCAGUGUGGGUGAAGAUCAAGCUAAACAAGGAGUCCCGCAAGAGUGCAGAGCGAGGCAAGAAGAGGCAGAGCCGAGCCAAGGCCAAACCCGUGGUCAGUGACGAUGAAAGCGAUGAUGACCAGGACGGCAAUGAACAAUCUGACAUGAGCGAUGACGAGUGAGGAAGAGUUGACCCCGGAGGGGUUGAUCACCAAUUAGCUCCUCUCUUCUAGUUGUCCAGGUUCUUACCUUGUUUUCUGUCGUCCUGUUAAUUCACAGAGCCCACCCCCCUCUCCUCGCAGCGUGGACACAUAUCCCCUUGUAGUAACCAGAUGAGCCGCAUAUUCAUAUGAUAUAAUCUUGUUUUUAAAUGUUUUUUUUUUUAAAGGAGUAUGCAUGUACUUGCUUUUGCUAUCAAUACACAACAUUUACGUGCGCACUUUUUGGAAACUCUCUUAUUCCUAUGAAAUGUCAAGAUUUCAUGUUGCUAAUUCAGAACAGGGGUGUCCAAAAUCUCCAGUACUCAAGAGAAGAGAAUGAAGAACCGAGAACUAAAACUUUGCAAAAUUUCCAGGGCCGGUUCUAGUGGGAUUCAGGGGCAAGGCCACCGCAAAAUCUUAAUCAAUGUAAAGGGGGUCAAAAGCAAAUGCCUAAAUAUACGACUCACCAUUACACUGAAUGUGGUUCUUGUUGUAUGUCGGACGGAUGCCUGCGCUUGUUUCUCUUCAACAAGCUGGCCUGUCUCAUCUAGGGGGUAAUCUUUCUUCUGAAAAACUCAAAAUGCUUCUCUUUUAAUGACCAGAACAACAUUGUAAAUAACAAACAGUUCUUAAUGUUAAAUCCUGAUUAAUAGGCUAAGGUUAGGGAUAGUUAAAAAGUAAAUGAAUGGUUGUUGUGUUUGAUCUGCGCGUACCAACGGCAAUGGCUUCUUCUCUCAUUUGCGAGUCUGUCACAACAUAUUCCACAGAGCGGGUUUGUUGCGUGAGUUAACUUGCAAAAAAACGUCGUACCUUAAGUAGGACUGCCGAUAUUACCUUUUAAGAACAGCUUUAUUUUUCCUGGAAGUCAUCUUCUGUCUCGUUUUUGGGCCCGUUCACCUUUUCGAAGAAGCUCUUUAUGCAAGGUACUACGCUAAUCAUUUUUGCUAGCUGGUGUGCUCACUUUUUCAUGUAUAAUUUUCACAAAAUGCACAUUUUGACAGAGACAUAUAGGCAGAUCCACCUAAGAUUCAAAUAAGACUGAUUUUUAUUUAAUUUUUUGGUCAAUAUCUAUACUGCCUCAGUACCAAAUAACCUGCAGCUCAGUGGUUGGGGACCACUUUUUUUCUUUAGAUAUAUUUAUAAUGUAUACAUACUAGAACAUUUCCUAUAAUAUUUUGACCUCAAUUGAACUGAGCUAGUUUAACCCUGAAAGAGAUUCAAACCAUUUUAGGCAGAAUUAAAUCUAGGUUGAAUUCGUCAGUGGAUAUUCAUUUUUCAAAAGAAACAUUUUCUGUCCUUUAAAUGAGACAAAAAAGGCAACGCUACGUAAAGCACAACACUUUUGUUUCAAGUGUCCCAUUGAAAAGCAUGGAAAUACCUUUUUUUUUGUCACCCCAUUUUUAUUCUUUUAUGUUUUCUUAUGAUUUUAAUGUAUCAUUUUAAAUUUUAUAUUGUCCAGCAGAUGGGGUUAUUGGUCCAAGGCAUGCUGUAAUAUUGGAAACUACAAACGAAUUUACUGUAAAUGUCCUUCACCAUUGAAACAUUAAUUGUUUGUCCAAAUAAAUGAACACUUUAUCCUAGAUGUCUGCGUCAUAAACUAGUUCAAUGUAAAAGGGUUCAUAUCCUCAAAUAAUUGUUAAUUUUGAGUAGCUAUAUUUCAUGCUGAAAACAUUUUAAUAGGCCUUUGAUGGGAAAGGUUGGACACUCCUGAUUCUGGACUGCAUGGCCUUGACAUUUUCCAUCUAUGAAAAGCUCACAGUCAACAUCCAGUUGAGGUUGAAAAAAACUUUUUUUUUUUUUCAUUAUUAUAGCUGUACCACAAUAUAUUUUGAUCAGUAUUUUUUAUUUGAGGGGUGAUUCAAUUCAUAAUAAAUCCUCGGUCUUUCUUGUUUUUUUUUUUUUUUUUUUUUUUGCAUGAAUUCUCAUUUUGCAGUUUCCUUCCUCGCAGAUUUCAUUCAUAAGUGUCGACUUAAUGUUUGCUUUCUUUGCACAGCAUCUUUGUGGUUGUAUUGAAUUGCCCAGAGCCAAUUAAACAUCACCAAUUUGGAGCACUAAAA